AUGGACUUGGAAGGCUUCACGUCGCGCGCGUGGCUCGGCCACUGGGUCUCAGGUGAAGACGAGCCUGUGAACAAUUACUACGAAGACCACAAGCUCAUGGAAGGCGCGCUCAUUAAACUCGGGGAUUACGCGCACUUUCGCUACUUUCUGCUGUUCCGCAACGGCCGCUUUUGCUACUACGAACUGCCAAUGCCCGCAGCUGCGCCAAUGGGAGGAGGCGGAGGAGCUGAAGGAAUCAAGUGCGUGCACCUCACGAUCACGUCCAAGCACCUUCGUGGAGUCAUGAUGCUCAAUGCGUCCGUGAACGCCAAGGACCAGGCCAAGAGCGAAGACGAGUACGAUGCGGACCUUGUCAAGCGCGGUCUCGUGUUUAAUAGGAAGAAGCUCGAGAUGCAACUCACUGGCUACUCACCCACGGGGCAGCUCAUGUGCUGGAAACUACGGGCUGGUAAAGACGCGGUGUACGUCAAGUGGGAGCGCGCAUUUCGACUGGCCCUGCGUCCUAUUUGGGUCCAGAAUUCCAAGUGCUGUAUGGUUUGCAAGAAGGAGUUUGGCUUUUUCAUCCGACCACAUCAUUGUCGUAAGUGUGGCACGUGCAUGUGUGACGAGUGCUCUGUGUUUGUCCCGCGGCUGCCGAUGCAGGGAUAUUAUGAAGAAGUCAGGAUUUGUAGGGACUGUUCUCCUGUCAAGAUUCAGCGAUCGGCGCUGAAAUUGGGCACGCUUGUACUCGUGUAUGGCAUUUUGGUCGGCAGGGUUGUGCAGGUUGAUGCUGCCGAUGACUCGGAAGACGGACGUGCGUUUGUCAAUGUGGAGCUCGUAAAGAAGGGCAAUCAGCUGCAGCGGUUUCCACUAGAGCGCGUCGAGCUAUAUUCUGAUGCAGUGUUAUCAGCCAACCGUAUCAAGAAUGCGAUCCGUCAGCACCUCUCGUACGCUGUCUUUCGAACACAGCUUAACUUUAACACGUGGAAUUUGCUGGAAACUGUACAAGAGCAGCGCACGGUGCAGAUGGUACGAAUACUCAACAAGUCAACAAGUGUCAACGAGCUACACUCGAUGGUGCCAAUGCUUGGCACGCUAGACAUGAUGCAGUUCCCUGACGAUGACGUUUCCGAAAAAAGCCGUGUAAAGAAGUCGCUAUCGCAUUACCGAGGUGUCCAUGUUUCGUUUCCAUUGCGCUUGGACACGGCAAAGAGGUUGAUUAAUCAGUUUCGCAAUGGCAUUUUGCUACAUCGCGUUUUCGUGCGGCAGAUUUUGGAUGAAUCCGAAAGCUUGUUCCGGACCAUGCACCAGUCACCUAUGAAUGAGAUCGAGAUACCGAUGGGUGUGCAGCUGGUUGUAGUAGGUGAUUUGCACGGACAGCUGGAGGAUUUGCUUACAAUUUUGGACAAGAACGGUGUACCAAGCAGCAAGACAUGGUAUCUUUUUAACGGCGAUUUUGUGGAUCGCGGAUCGCAUGGAGUCGAGGUUAUCUUGCUUUUGCUGAUUUUCAAGCUGUUGUAUCCCAACUUCGUCUUCUUGAAUCGUGGAAACCACGAAGAACAGAUGAUCAAUGAGGCUUUUGGGUUUGAAGAUGAAGUACACAUGAAGUACGGCACCGACAACGAUGAAGUCGCAGGGUGGUCUGGCUUGGGCACAUCACUCAACUACUCGCCAAUGAAGCUCUUUCAUAUGUUCGAGACAGUAUUUGAUUUGUUCCCAAUCUUCGCUAUGCUGAACAAGCGCAUCUUUAUUGUGCAUGGUGGUCUAAGCAACCACGAGAACGUCACGAUUGAUGAGCUACUUCAGCUCGACCACAGGCGUAAGAUUCCGACACAAGGCACGAGCCGUUCGGACGAGAUCUUUACGCACUUGAUGUGGAGUGAUCCGGGUGACGAGGACGGGUGGAGACCGUCAAGCCGAGGGGCGGGUGUCGAGUUUGGUCCCGACAUCACGAAAGCGUUUUGUGCACAGAAUGGAUUGAGUCUCAUCAUUCGGUCGCACGAGUGUCGCGCAGAAGGAUUUGACAUUGUUCACGACGGCCUGCUUCUGACUGUGUUUUCAGCGUCAAGCUACUGUGGUUCGCAGACGAACAAAGGUGCCUAUGUCCAGCUGGAAUUGGGAGAGGACGACGAAAUCGAGCCUCACGUGGUGCAGUAUUCUUCGCAGCCACUCCAGCAAUUGAGAGAUGCGGGAAGAAACGAAUGGCGAAAAAAAGCGCAGCGAUUAGAACGAAGAACAUUGAUGUCUUUCGUCGAGAUCAUUUGCGAAAAGAAGAACGCGCUGCUCGCUGCUUUCAUCGAGCUAGACUCGACCGGUUCCGGGCGCGUGACUAAACUAGAGUGGAAAGCAGUUUUGCAGAAGGUCAUGGGCAUUCAAGCAAGCUUUCUAUCAUAUUUCCAUCAAUUGGCAGAAGAAGAUAAGCAAGGUGGCGUCGAUUACCAGAAAUUUCUUAACCGCUACACUGUUGAGCUUGACGGUGGCAAUGUAGAGUGGAGGCGUAACCUGAUCCGCAAGGUCUGGACGGGGUUUUGCCAAGCGCUCCCUCAUCCGUUUGCCGAAAAGACGACGUUGCAAGACAAGCUUCACUUUGCCUUUCAUCUUUUUCAGUCGCCUGGAACCGCCAACCAGGAACUUACAGCAAGGCUCAAUUCGAAGGCCGACGAGUUCGGACUACCUGGUAGUCCAUUCUCUCAUGGCGAUAAGCCAAAGGAAAGUCACUCGCGCAACGGUCUUGUCACGUACGAUGUGUUCCGGAACACCAUCCAAGGCACGUUGCAGCUGAACGACACCCUGUCAGAGCAACAGAUAUUUGAGCUCAUGCAACACCUCGACCAGAACCGUGACGGUGUGAUUGACUAUCACGAGUUUUGCUCAUUCUUUGCCGAGUUCAGUCGCGCCGAUUAUUUGCAGGAGAUUUUCGAGGUGGACGAUACAAAUGCUAUCUCCCUUCUGAACCGCUGUGCCACGCUUUUGCAGAAAUCAAACCAGUUUGCAUCGCUGCGGGAAGCAUUUGAAGCGUUUGAUAACAGUAAAUCAGGCAAGUUGACGGUGGACGAUAUUCUGAAAGGAACGCAGGAGCUCGGCAUGGUGCCCGAGCUGGACAAAGAUGAAGCACCGCUUUUGUUUAACUCGAUUAUGCUCAGCUACUACGGCAUCAACGAGCGUCAUCAGUGGGACAAGCGGGGCUUGAAUUGGACGGUAUUUGAAGACACGUUUUCACCCGAUAGCACCUUCCAGCGCCGUCUGUGGCUAACAACUCUUGGUACGUCCAACACCAAUUUGGCUGGCCUGGAUGUGCCAGAGUCCGAGCCUUUGGACGAAGAACCCGCUGGUGACGAGCAGCAGCAGCAGCCUUCGACAUGGGUCGAUACUUUUGUCGAUGGUGUCAAGCAGUCGCUGCACGAGCAACGACUGUACAUUAAGUUUUUGUUCCGUAUCCUGGACCGCAAGCGGCAUGGCUACGUGACCAAGCAGCAGUUUAUUGCGACGAUGCAGGCGAUCAACGAGGAGCAUGGGGCGCCACUGAAGCUGGUGCAGCUCGAGCAAUUGGCUGACGCUUUCGCUUGUCGCAAGACUGUUCGACACAUGUCAAAUGCUGGGGAAGAGAGCGAGGAGACGCGCACGUACGUUUCGUAUCCGGAGUUUCUUCGCAGUUUGCGUAUCAUUGACACAGGGCCGUCGGAUCUGCACACACAUGUCGCAGAUGUGGAUAAUCAUGUCGCAGGCACGAGCUGA